CCCUCCCUCCCUCCCGCGGUCAUGUGUUGCCUUUUUUUUGUUGUUUGCAGUGGAAACAAUUUGGCGGCGGCGUCCUUUGGCGGCGGCGCUGCUCGCUCGGGAGGGGUCUAGACGGAGGAAGGAAGGAGGGAAGGAAGGAGGAAGGGAAAGAAAGAGGGGCCAGGCUAGUAGUAGGGGGGAAAAGGGGGCCCCCAAGGCGGACCCGGAGCCCAGAGUGGGUCCCCAUGCCCCUCCUCGCCCCCUUCCGGAUACAGUGUUGCCGGCGCCAGGAAGCAGCGAUGCCUCCUCGUCCCUUCCUCCGGGUGAAAAAGUUUGGCGUCAUGGUCGCAAGGAAAGCGGACGCAGGAGCAGCAGCAGGAGCAGCCAGCAGGGAAAUCUAGAGCCCUCCCCAGGCAGGAGCCUCAGUCUAAAUGGGUCCAGUUAUGCCUCCCAGUAAGAAACCAGAGGGCUCAGGAAUUAGUGUUUCCAGCGGACUGAGCCAGUGUUACCGGGAUGGAGACUUAUCAAAGACGCUUCAGGAUGAUGAGGACUUAGACUUUGCUUUGCCUGCUCUCCGAUCGGAAAAGGGUCCUAUGGAGGAUGAAGAACUAACCAAUUUGAACUGGCUGCACGAAAGCAAGAACUUGCUGAAAAGUUUUGGUGACUCAGUCUUAAGGAGCGUUAGCCCAGUGCAGGACGUUGAUGAUGACACCCCUCCGUCUCCCGCUCAUGCUGACAUGCCCUAUGAUGCCAAGCAGAAUCCCAACUGCAAACCACCCUAUUCCUUUAGCUGCCUCAUAUUUAUGGCCAUUGAAGACUCUCCAACCAAACGGCUGCCUGUUAAGGAUAUAUACAACUGGAUUUUGGAACACUUCCCUUAUUUUGCAAAUGCCCCUACUGGAUGGAAAAACUCUGUGAGGCAUAAUCUGUCAUUGAAUAAGUGUUUUAAGAAGGUGGACAAAGACAGAAGUCAGAGUAUUGGGAAGGGGUCUUUAUGGUGUAUAGACCCAGAAUACAGACAAAAUCUUAUCCAGGCUUUGAAAAAGACUCCCUAUCAUCCGUAUUCACACGUAUUCACCACACCUCCAGCAUCUCCUCAGGCAUAUCAAAGCACAUCAGGUCCACCAAUUUGGCCGGGAAGCACCUUUUUCAAGAGAAACGGAGCUCUUCUGCAAGAUCCUGACAUUGAUGCUGCCACUGCCAUGAUGCUUUUGAAUACUCCCCCUGAGAUACAAGCAGGUUUUCCUCCAGGAGUGAUACAGAAUGGAGCUCGUAUUUUGAGUAGAGGAAUCUUCCCCGGAGUUAGACCACUGCCAAUAAAUCCUAUUGGAAGCAUGGCUGCUGCAGUAAGGAAUGGGAUAACAAACUGCCGUAUGCGGACAGACAGUGAACCAUCGUGUGGCUCUCCAGUAGUUAGCGGUGAUCCGAAGGAGGACCACAACUAUAGCAGUGCCAAAUCUUCCAACCACAGGAGCACAUCGCCCACUAGUGACUCCGUUUCCUCUUCCUCUGCCGAUGACCAUUAUGAGUUUGCUACAAAAGGCAGCCGGGACAGUAGCGAGGGCAGUGAGGUCAGCUUCCAUAGCCACGAGAGCCAUAGCGAGGCGGAGGAGGAGGACAAAAGACAAAACCGAAAAGAGACCAAGGAUUCUUUAGCUGACAGUGGAUAUGCCUCUCAGCACAAGAAACGGCAGCAUUUGUUGAAGGCAAAAAAAGUACCAAGUGACACACUGCCUCUUAAAAAGAGACGCACAGAGAAACCCCCAGAGAGUGACGACGAGGAAAUGAAAGAAGCCGCCGGGUCACUCCUGCAUUUGGCGGGGAUUCGGUCUUGUUUGAACAACAUCACCAAUCGGACGGCGAAGGGGCAGAAAGAGCAAAAGGACACCACAAAAAAUGAGAACAAAUCCAUUGAUUGAACUUAGAAAACAAUUUCGUUUCAGCACGUCAGGUGAAUUCUAAUGAUUUGUGGCAAUAUCAACAAAUAUAUUCUUUGUUCCUUUUUUUUUCCUUUUCCCUCUUUCUCUUUUGUGUUUGUUUCUUUGCGGAAACCCUUAAGAUUCUUUUGUUGUUAUUUUUAAAGGAGAUUGAAGCCAUAGAACUCAUACUGAUACUCAACUAAUUUUACAAAAGCUUUUCAUGACAUGAAGACAAAAAGAAAAAAAAAGUAAAAGCCAAAAUUUGCCAUUGCUUUCUCCUGCUUGGUCAGAAAUACAUGGCUGAAUAUGAUCUGACGUCACCAGCUUAUGCAAGGGGAAUGAAAUUCAGCACUUGAAAAUCGUUUUAAACCUAGAAGAAAUUGGUUAAUUUGGAAAUUGUUCAGGCCGGGCUCUUAAAUUUAUUUUAAGGCCAUAUAAUUGGAUUUAUGGGUAAACCUGUCUAGAGAUUUGGGGGAAGUCGAAGGCCGAGACAUUGUCCCCAGAAUCGAGAAUUGUAUCCUGGCCUCUGCUUGCAGUUGUGCCAUAGAAAUCUUGAAAGAGCCACUAUAGACAGCUGCUGUACAGUAAUGAACUACUAGUACUUCAUGUACUGUAUAUGGCUUAUAAUGUGAAGACUUAAUAACUUUUAAAUUAUGGAAAACUGAACUGUGUAUGCAAUGAGUUUCAGUGAAAUAAGGAGAAAGGGGUGGAGGGGUAGGGUUUAGUGAUAUUCUUUAAUCAAUUAACUGUCUUCUAUAUUUAAAUUAAACGAAUGUUUUUUCAAAAGCCAUAAGCCUGAAGAUUGGCACUGCCUGCAAAAAUAUUAUGGGAAAACAAGCUAUGAGUUCUUAACUGCCUGAGUGAAAAGCAAUCAAGUCUAAAGAAAAUUAUGAGUAGAUAUUUAAGGAGGUUCAAAAUGAAGAAAUCUUUUGUAUAGGUCACAAAUAUUUGAUCUCACUAGGGGAAAACAUGCUACAAAACCUGCCACUAGUAUUAUAUAACUUUUUAUUUUCCAAAAAAAAAUCCAUGUUGGUUGGGCAAAAAAUAGAAGGUAAUAUCUCAUAGAGCUCCUUAAUGUGCUCCUCAAAAUGGGGUACCCAGUUAAUGUCAGGAUUCAUCUCUGCAAAAAAUAACAAUAUAUUUCCAGUUGUAACCACUGUAGCAAACUCUGAUCCACAAAUGCAUGGAUUCCUUUCUGGGAGGGGCUUGGGAGUACAAAAUAAAAAACCCCUUUUUAAUUCAAAGAUAACAAAAGUUCUUGUAAGGUAAAUAAUGUAUUUAGCAUGAAGCAUGAAUUAUUUUCAUAUAAAUAUAGAGAAAUAGAGAAAAGGCUAUGCCUCUAAUUUUUAAGCCCUUAGGCUUAGUUUGUUUUUUCGGGUUUUUGUUUUCAUUUUGGAUUUUUUUUCCUCUUUUUUUUUGGAAGCAGGUGUUUUUAAGGUUUAACCUUUUUCAGGGACAAAUACUGACUGUUGGGGAACUUACUCUGCAAUAUUAAAAAUAAAACUUCAUGCUCGGGUAGGGCUUGGAUGGUUGAAUUUUAUUGCCUUGUCUGCACAUUCAGCCCCCUUCCCCUACUUCUCUGUUUUUCGAAACGUUUGUCCUUUCUUUGUCUUUACAUGUAUUAACAUUACGCAAUAAUUUUGAGGGCAAGGCAAGUAGUGAGUGUGUAUGAUGAAGGCUCCACGUGGAGACACCGAAUUGUAUGAAGGGCGGGGAGGGAUGAUCACAUACAAUUUCGGUUGAGGGGAGACAAUGACCACACAACUACUCUGCUCGUCUGCCAUGUGGGAACAAGUAAUGAAAGGGCUUUUAUUUAUGUUCAUGAGGUGAAUUUAACAAAAGUAUGUAGAAGAACUGACUCACUGUUUAUAACCCUACCAGUUUUGCACUGCAUGACCCUAUAAAUGGGUUGAAAGCUUUGCAAUAAGGCCAUAUUUUACUUUUGUUUUGCUUUGCUUCUCUUAGAAAACACUGGCAUUGAAUGCCAUAAGCGUGAUAUGACUUUCAGACUCAGUGGCUAAGGGGUUUGUGCGCAAUUUGCUUGUGUCAAAGACCCCGUUCCCUUAUCAACCUGCCAGGCAUCCUGAAACAAAGGCAGUAGGUCAGGUUGCCAUUGGAAGAGUUAAGAAAACCAGUAGAUGUAUGCAAGCAUGGGUCUGUUUUUCUCAGUGGAAAUGGUGGCGAUAGUGAUGUUGUUUUUGAGAGCUGAGAUUUUGCUUGGGAAUGUUUAGACUGGAAGGAGAAAUGUUGAAGACAUGUUUGAAAGAAUAUCAUGUAGCAGAUGCAAAUAUUAUGUUCCAUGGAGUGCAUACAGAGUGAAUUAAGGAAGCUCCUUCUAACAGAUUGGUCAAAUAUGGAGUGUCAAAUGGGACUUGGUCCUUCAGCAGUUUCAACAAAUGGUUUAUGGUUUUAUGAACACAUUUGACAUGUAGACACUAGUCAUGUGCAUUCGGGACUUACCUUGAUCUGUUUCAUGUCCCUGCUUUCGGAGGUCCCCCCAAUCCAUUUAGUUUUUUGUUUUUCGGGGCUGAAAGAUCCGGGGUUAUUUUCAGCCCAUUGGGGGGGGGAGUGUAGCGUAAGGUGUGUCCUUACUUCGUGCUCGGCUGCAGGCCUUGCCAGGCCCGGGUGCAUAGGCUCAAAGUCUGCACCCAUAGGUCCAGACGCUUUGGACCUGCCGAUGAGGAUGUUGGGCCUACGUGCCCAGGCCUGGCAGGACCUGCAGCCAAGCACUGAGUAAGGAGUGCUCCUUAUUUGGCGCUUGGCUUCUGGUCCUGCCAGGCUCCAGGUAAUCAAUGCUGUACCCGCUCCCGCUUGCCUUUCAUUUUGCAUUUUCGUUCCAGGAGGGGCCUUUCCAUUUUGUGCCAUCCCAAUGGCAGAACAAAACAGAAAUACAAAUCAAACAAAUGGGACAAAUUUUGGGUCCAUGACUAGUAGACACAGAUAGGAAGAAUUACAUCUAUUUAUCACACACAUGCAGCUAAUACUUACCUAAGAAGGUACAUUAGCAUUUCAUAGAACUAAAUAGAAAAGAAACCAUGUUAAUGAGUUUAACAAAGCUUUUUUUUCUCUGGGCAAGAGUGCCAUAUAUACAUCCUUGUUCAUAUUGCCAUGGAGACAGGUUAAGGCCAAGCAAAUCUUAUGAGAUAUGAAAAUAUGUGGCUGCCUGUUUAGGGGAAUGAAGACAUUAUGCUGCCACAAGACUUGUAAAUUAACACCUAGGAGGUUUCCGAACCCUGAUUAUAGUAGCUUAAUUACCAGUAUUAUUGCACUUAGUAUGUACUGUAGCGUAUAUAGAGCACCAGGGGAUUAACAGCAUAAUGCAGCAAGUUGAAGUCUACAUUGUGACCCAACCCUUUUCUGAAUUUACAAGUUGAAUUUGAUCUACAGGAGCUACAUGAUGGACUUGGCUUUGCUUAAUUUCCAGAUUUUCCCCAAUGACUAGAAAUUUAAAAUUGCAGCUGUGGAUUCAGAAUACAGUCCUAUAUCCUGAUUUCCUAUCUUCCAUGAAAUGUACUUGGACACUACUGAAUCAAGUCACAUUACAAAUUCAGGUGCUAUUGUACCUGUCUAUUCCUCAUAUGCAAUCCCCUUGGAACUAUCUUCUCCUUAUCCCACUGAAAAAGAAGUGGAAGUGUAGAAGUCCCUUUCAUAACUGCCAUUAUAUUGACAAGUCUUCUACAGAGGAAAACCUUACUGCCUGUUUAGUAUUUCAUACCUUGAGUACAAUUCGUGUGUCAUUCUAGUUUGCCUUGCAAUCCUUUAACUGGACGCAUACAUUUGUUCUUUUUGUCCAUAACACAAGUGUAAAACUAUAAUAAUCCAAGUGAUUUCAGUAGUUUCUUCUGAAUUUAUAAUCAGUUAUACUAGCACAAAUGCUUGGUGCACAAUAAUUCUGUUUCAUUUGGGGUUGUUUUUACUGUAGUGCUUUAUGUUAUUAUUGUUAUUAUUAUUUCUCCCUUUUCCCUCAAAGGGAACUGCCCACAACAAAAUUUAACAAUAUAACUGGGCUGUACAUUUUGAAAAAAAAUCCUUAUAUGUAUCAGGACAUUUUCUUUUAUAUAUUUUUAUUUACUUUAUGCCCCUUCCUAAAAAUAAUAUUUUUUAAGGACACCAAUUUAUGCAAGUUAGUUCCACCAUUAUUCCUGUGCCUAAAUUGAGGAUUAGAAUGUUUUAGACCUGCAGGCUUUUUGCAGGUGAUAUAGAGAUAGAUAUUUGAAUCCAAGUUCACAUUAUAUUUGUACAUGCAUUUCAUCAUGCAUUUCAUUGCAGGGAUUGUCAUUUUAUGAGUGGGAGAACUGCUCUUUUGUGGAUGCCACAAAAACUUAGGUUAAUAUAUAAUUUUAACUAUGUAGUAUUCUCACAAGUGAUGGGGAACCAAUUCAAGUGGCAGACUUGAUUUCCCCCUCCUCCCAACAUCCCUAUGAACCAAAUAUCAAAUAUUUGUCUUAUGUUCCUUCACAUCAUAGGCACCUCUGAUUAAACACUCAAGAAAUCCCAAUUUCAUUAUCCCCUUGCCAUUCCAACUUAGUGAGUUUUGAGGCACAGAGCCCCCAUGAAAGUUGAGGAAAAAGUUAAAAUCCUUUUUUUUACCCUGACAAAACACUUCUCUAGGAAUCUCUUGGUCCUCCAAGGUGACUAUGGUCAACUUCUGCCAGAAGUUGAUCAUAGAAUCAUGUUAGCAAACCUAGAUAUUCCUAGAAAAAUGUUCACUCUAGGAAUCUCUACCUUCUUGAGCAUGACUUUGUGAUCCACUUCUGGUGGAAGUUGGCCAUAGAUGUGCUCGGAUAGACGUAGAGAUUCCUGGAGGGAACAUACUAAUCUGUGAAAUGCAAAGACGUUAAAAUCACCAAUAAUAAAUGGUAUAAAUCCAAUUGCUAAUCUCAGAUAGAUUAGACCAGGCAUGGGUAAAUGUUGGCCCUCCAGAUGUUUUGGACUUCAACUCCCACAAUUCCUAUCAGCCAGCUGUUAGGAAUUGUGGGUGUUGAAGUCCAAAACACCUGGAGGGCCAAAGUUUGCCCAUGCCUGGAUUAGACCCACUGAAUCAAUUAUUGAAUAGAAAUUCAGCAAUAUGUAAACUCUACUCAUUCAUUCGAUCAACUCCAGUUGGGACUAGGUAGUAAUUCCAGCAUUAUCUUCCAUGGUGCUACAUUUCUUUGCCUUGAUGCCAGGCUGAAAUUAAACCAGUUGAGUCUCUUUAUAGACUGCUGCUGCACUGAUGCUGUUGUUCCCAUUCGAUCUUUGGUGAGUGGUGUUCUCUAUACUUCUCUGCCACUGCCAUUUUCAAAACACUGGGGCAUGAAUUCAGUUUUCUGCAUUCCUUCUCACAAAGGGCCAUGCAUACAGUGAGAUUUCUGUAUUGGGCUGAUAUGAGCACAUCCUGCUAUUACUCCUUUGUUUGGUAGAAAGAGGGAACCUUAAACCAUACCGAAUGACAGUACUGGCAGGUGAACUUUAGAUGAGCAGUUUGCACUUGCAGGUAGUUGUUUCCUCACUCAUUCAAGUUCUCUGCCUUGAAUUGGAGAACAGCAAAGUGAUUUGGAAGCCAAAUAACCCACUGUGUGAAAUGCUACUGUGCUCUUCCUUUACACAAUUAUUUCAUUACCCGGCUGUGAAUUGCCUUUAAAAAGUUAUUGAGGUUAAUAAAUAUAUUUUUUGCAUAUAAAACAGUUGUUUUCAAUAAGAAGAUUAGCAAGGCGAUACUCGCUUGGACACCGAGUAAGUCAUUUCUAAGUUUAAAUGUUUAUUUACUUUUUAUUUUAAGUAUUCUUCUAUUCCCAGAUCCAGAGCCAUUCAUCCUUUUGGUUGAGUAGUAGUUAAGUGUGUGAGGUUUUUUAUAUAUACAUAAAAAAAUCUUUCCCUGGAAUUUGUAAACACUGUUAUGCACAUAAAUGCAGCACUGUGAUCUAAUUUAAAUAACUUUAUUGUUUAUAUGAAUAUGUAACAUACAUUAAUACUUUGCUACAGUGAUAUCCUUCCGCCAACCUUAGGCCAUCUCCUUGCUUUCUACUGUAGAGAAUAAAAGGCUGUGGUGAACAACA